UCGGAGCUAUUCUUAGCGGUUGCCAUUCUGAUCCUCAGUUAGGAAACUUUAGUUUUUUUUGUAAUGCUGCCAGGAAACACGCACAGAUCACUGAGGUGACUGCAGUAACUCCAAGGGGGUUUUCUGAAGAGAGUGCUGGUGAGGUAGUGUGGUUCACGUGGGGAGAUAAAAGCCUUUUGGGAAGCGUCUGUGAGCAGGAAAAAAGUGUGGAAUUCUUUAGGAGUGGAUUCUAAGGAUAGAAUAAAAAGUAGGGCAAACUAUUUUGUGAACAGUGAUAUUCUUCAUGCUGUUUUUAAGAGCAGAAGCAGUUAGGAGAACGGCUAAGUGAUUUUAGUUUCGUAUCUAAGUCAUUAUUCAGUCUUUACAGGUAAUAGUCUUAAUACCUUCGAAAAUACGGAGCAGUGUUGUGAAAGGAGAGAACUCAAGGUAAAAAUGGCAGAUGAAUUGCGACUGUAUUCAAGAGUCAAGGGCCCAGAAGGGCGAGGAAAACCGGACGGAAAGAGUGAGUGUCGGCCAGCACGGGAGGCGGCUGGAACCCCUGCUGCUGGGAGUGUAAACUGGCUCAGUUACUUGGAAAACUGGAAUUAUUUACUGAGCUGCACAUACGAAACCCCAGGAUCCAGUAAUUUCACUCUCAGGAAUGUACCGAACAGAAAUGCGUACAUGUGUCCACCAACGUGCCGCUGCUGGCGUGUUCGUAGCAGCAGCGUGUGAAGCUGCCCAGAUGCCGCGUGGCCGCAGAAUGAGUAAGAGGCCCCGGCUGAUCACACCGCGGGAUCCACAGCAAGAAAGUGGACCGUCUGUACCCCGUGAGCCACGCGGACGGGUUGUACACACCAGGAGUGGAGGAAGUCAGAAACAGAGGGACUCAGGGCUUGAGCCCACGUGUAUGGUGUCAGUAAAGAAUCAGGCAGAGGUAACCUGUGGCUUUGGAAGUCUCUCCCCUGGGGAGAAGGGAGCGUGAGGGGUACCUUCCUUUAUCCAGGUGCUGUUACCCUGAUGUGUAUAUUCAUUGAGCUGAACGGUUUUGAGAUGUUCGCGUCUCUGUGAGCACAGCACGCUCUGUUUCAAUAUAAAAGGGUUUUAAGAGCCAGUGGGAAAAGAAAGGAAUGGUAUGUUUAUUGUACAUAAUGGAACACAGUGUUUGCAUGGACUUCCUGGACACUUAUGUAGAGAAAGUGCACAGACCGGCCUGGAAGUCGUACCCAUCAACUCUAGGGUAGCGGUUACUGUGGAAGAGGAAGAAGGGGGUCGGGAGGAUGGUGUGCGUCUGUAACAUUUUGUUCAUUAAAAACUCUUUUCAGCAAAAAAUAGGGCACAAUGUCCUCUUCAGUGAAAUCUUGGUGGAUACAUGGGUUCUGAUAUUUCCUGUAUUUUCAUGUAUGUUUGAAGUAUUUCACAACAAAAAUACAUGUAUUUAAAAGGAUAGGAUUGAAGUGAAACAGUUUUCCUAGUGAUUAUCUGACUGGCUAGGAAUUUAGGAGGUUUUUGCUUUUACAGAAAAGUUGAAGGAAACGUGGUCAUGGAAGCUUGGAAACACGCUUGGUGUUUGAAAAUUGUGUCAUAUCACAGCCCUAUACACGUGGAGGAUAGAGCACGCAAUGAACACGGAUGUAUAUAGAUUGCUGGGUUGGAGAGAUUUUAUUUCAAGAUGGUUUUUUUUUAAUGGAUUUUUAAAAAUUUAUUUAUUUAUGGCUGCGUUGGAUCUUUGUUGCUGCACGCAGGCUUCAGUAGUUGUGGCUCGUGGGCUCAGUAGUUGUGGCUCACGGGCUCUAGAGCGCAGGCUUAGUAGUUGUGGCACAUGGGCUUAUUAGUUGCUCCGCGGCAUGUGGGAUCUUCCCGGACCAGGGCUUGAACCCGUGUCCCCUGCAUUGGCAGGCGGAUUCUUAAACACUCCGCCACCAGGGAAGUCCCCUUAUUUCAAGAUAUUGUAACGUUACCUAAAAUAGGUUAUUAAAAGAAAAGUAAACCUUAAAGUUGAUGAAAUUGAGGCCAUGCACAGUUUGUUCAGUUGAGCUCCUGAGUUAGGGACAAUCGAAAGCUGGUUGGUGACGGAUCGCUUUUUAGGGCGAGCUGACCACAGGUGGGGCAGCUCUGCUUCCUGGCGUCUGGGGGGCGUUCCUGACAUUCCCUGGCCAUGGAGCUGCUGAAAGCUCAUUUCUGAGGCCAUGGCCACGAUAAGGAUGAGGAAACUUCUGCUUCCAUUUCCUGAGAACAGUUGUUAACUGCAGAAUAACAGUGUAGCUUAGCGAAGUUUUCAGAGGUUGAAACAGUUUCAUGAGCCUGAGAAGGAAUAUUCAGGUUGAAAAUGGUGUCUGCUGCCCCCGUUUCAUGUUAUUUCGGUGAAAAGGUUGUCGUCUGGAAUGUCGUUGGUUCCGCAUCUGACGAGUGCAGAAAGUACGGUGGCAGCAUUUGUGCACCUCUGCGUUUUGUUAGAUGAGGGACACGGGUCUGGGUGAGGCCCUGAAUUCCUCCCCUCUGGUCGCCCUGUGACACUGGUUCUCGCACUGUGGCCCCUGGAUCAGCAGCAGCAUCUGGGAGCUUGUUACAAAUUCAGAUUCUUAGGCCCCGCCCUAGACUCUGGGACUGGGGCCCAGCAAUCUGUGUUUUUUUAAGUGUAAAAUAUACAUAAUGUAAAAUUUUAACCAUUUUUAGGCGUACAGUUCUGUGGCAUUAAGUACAUUCAUAUUGUUGUGCCUCCGUUGAUACUAUCCAUCUCUAGAACUUACUCAUCUUGCAAGAUGGAAACUCUGCCCCAUUGAACACUCCCUCUCCAUCCUCCUGUCCCGCAGCUCCAGGUCCCCACCAUCUGCUUUUUCUGUGAAUUUGCUCUAGGGAACCUCACGUGAGUGGAAUCAUACAUUGUCUUUUAUUUUAUUUUUUUUUUGCGGUACGCGGGCCUCUCACUGCUGUGGCCUCUCCCGUUGCGGAGCACAGGCUCCGGACGCGCAGGCUCAGCGGCCAUGGCUCACGGGUCCAGCCGCUCCGCGGCACGUGGGAUCCUCCCGGACCGGGGCACGAACCCGCGUCCCCUGCCUCGGCAGGCGGACUCUCAACCACUGCGCCACCAGGGAAGCCCCUUCAUUGUCUUUUUGUGUCCGGCUUAUUUCACUGGACAUGAUGUCCUCAAGGUCCAUCCACGAUGUGGCAUGUGUCAGUACUUCCUUCUUUUUUAAGGCUGAAUAGUGUUCCAUUGUGUGGAUGGACCGCAUUUUGUGGAUGCAUUCAUCUGUCAGUGGACGCUUGGGUAGUUCCACCUUUUGACUACUGUGAAUAAUACUGCAUUGAACGUGACUGUGCAAAUAUGUCUUCUAGUUCCUGCUUUCAGUUCUUUUGGGUACAGACCCAGAAGUGGAAUUGCUGUCUCCUAUGGGGAUUCUAUAUUUAAUUUUUUGAGGAACUGCUGCACUGUUUUCCACAGUGGCUGCACCAACUUUUAAGGUCCUACCAGCCACACAAAAGAAUUCCAAUCCCUCCACGCCCUUGCCAACACUUUUCUUUCUUUUUUUUUUUUUUGUGGUACGCGGGCCUCUCACUGCCGUGGCCUCUCCUGCUGCGGAGCACAGGCUCCAGACGUGCAGGCCCAGCGGCCAUGGCUCAUGGGCCCAGCCGCUCCGCGGCAUGUGGGAUCUUCCUGGACCGGGGCACGAACCCGUGUCCCCUGCAUCGGCAGGCGGACUCUCAACCACCGUGCCACCAGGGAAGCCCCCUCUUCUUCUUUUGACUCACCAGUGCCCCAGGUCAGCGAGCCGAAGGCCCCGGACUCCAGUCGGAUGCAGAUGCCGCCGGGGAACCCACUGCUGUUGUCGCUCACGCUGCAGGAGCUGCUGGCCAGGGACGCCGUGCAGGUGGAGCUCAUCCCCGAGAAGAAGGGCCUCUUCCUCAAGCACGUGGAGUAUGAGGUUUCCAGCCAGCGCUUCAAGUCCUGCGUGUAUCGACGGUACAAUGACUUCGUGGUCUUCCACGAGAUGCUGCUGCAGAAGUUCCCGUACCGCAUGGUGCCGGCCCUCCCGCCCAAGAGGAUGCUGGGAGCCGACAGGGAGUUCAUCGAGGCCCGGAGGAGAGCACUGAAGCGCUUCAUCAACCUGGUGGCCCGGCACCCGCCCUUCUCCGAGGACGUUGUUCUCAAGCUCUUCCUGUCCUUCAGUGGCCCCGAUGUGCAGAACAAGUUGAAGGAGUGCGCUCAGUGCGUGGGAGACGAGUUCAUGAAUUGUAAGCUGGCUGCUCGGGCCAAGGACUUCCUCCCAGCCGACAUCCAGACUCAGUUCGCCAUCAGCCGGGAGCUGAUUCGCAACAUCUACAACAGCUUCUACAAGCUCCGCGACAGGGCCGAGCGGAUGGUGUCGCGGACCAUCGACAAUGCUGCUGACCUCCUCAUCUUCGGGAAGGAGCUGAGUGCUUUAGGGUCUGACACGACCCCGCUCCCCUCCUGGGCCACUCUGAACAGUAGCACGUGGGGGUCCCUCAAACAGGCGCUGAAAGGCCUGUCCGUUGAAUUUGCACUGCUCGCCGACAAGGCUGCACAGCAGGGCAAACAGGAGGAGAACGACGUGGUGGAGAAACUGAACCUCUUCCUGGAUUUGCUCCAGUCCUAUAAAGACCUGUGUGAGCGGCACGAGAAGGGCGUGCUGCACAAGCACCAGCGGGCGCUGCACAAGUACAGCCUGAUGAAGAGGCAGCUGAUGAGCGCCGCCGUGCAGAACCGCGAGCCCGAGUCUGUGGAGCAGCUGGAGUCCCGCAUCGUGGAGCAGGAGAACGUGAUCCAGACGAUGGAGCUUCGCAACUACUUCUCCCUGUACUGCCUGCACCAGGAGACGCAGCUGGUCCACGUCUACCUGCCCCUUACCUCCCACAUCCUCGGGGCCUUCGUCAGCUCCCAGAUCCAAGGGCACAAGGAGAUGAGCAAGGUGUGGAAUGACCUGCAGCCCAAGCUACAGUGCCUCUUCGCUGGACCGCAUGGCGCCCCAAGCCCACCGAGGUCCCCGCAGGACGGCCUGUCUCCUCACUAGUGCCGGGAGGAUGUGGGCGGCAGCUCCGGCGCCCUCACUAAAACUUCUUUCCAAA